GGCGUACAACAAUAAUGCAAGUCAAUCAAGAAAUGUGAAUAUGGAAUAAUAUAUGAUCAUUGUAUUAUUUUAAAAAACUUAUAUCACAGUUUUGUGCUAUAAAUAUAUAUAGUUAACUACAUGCAAUAUAUCUUCUAAGUCAAUAUCUCUUAAACAUUGAAAGGUUAUUACAAUUAAAAGAUGUGGAGAGUUUCAGCAAUCUUCUUCUUUCUAGUUAUAGUUGGCUCUAAUUUGGUUAACGGUGAACCAAAAGUGCCAUGCUACUUCAUCUUUGGAGAUUCGUUAUCAGAUGCUGGUAACAAUAAUCCCCUCAAUACAAUGGCUAAAGCUAAUUAUUCACCUUAUGGGGUUGACUUUCCAGGCAAAGUUCCCACCGGAAGGUUUACUAAUGGGCGCACCAUUGCAGAUUUUAUCACUCAAUUCUUGGACUUUCAAGAAUUCAUUAAUCCAUAUACUCCUCAAAUGGGUCAAGAUGUAUAUCGAGGCGUAAAUUUCGCAUCCGGAGCUUCUGGAAUCCUUCCAAACACUGGAUCACAUUUGGGUGAUCGGAUUUGGAUGGACCAACAAUUACAAAAUUAUAAUAAAACGAUCUCAAAGCUUCAAUCGAUGGUUUCGAGUCCUGUUAGUAGCUACUUAAACAAGUGUUUGUACACGGUUAAUAUUGGCAGCAAUGACUACAUUAAUAAUUAUUUCAUGCCAGAACACUAUCCUUCUAGCGACCGCUUUACCACUGACAAAUAUGCAACAUUACUCACUACUCGAUAUAAAGCUCAACUACAGGCACUGUAUGAUUCUGGUGCAAGGAAGAUAGCAGUUUUUGGAUUGGGACAGAUCGGUUGCACUCCAGCUGAAAUGACUAUGAACAAUUCAACGCAAUGUGUUAAGAAAAUCAACCAAGCAGUACAACUUUUCAAUACAAAGCUUGUUUCUCUAGUGGAUGAUUUCAACGCAAACCUUCCUGGGACUCCGUUUACCUUCAUUAAUCUCUAUGCCAUGCAAGCCUUAAAUCCACUCCCCCCAGGCUUUAUUACAGAUCCUACUUGUUGCAAACUAAGAAGUGAUUUCAUGUGCGAGCCAUUGAGUCCACCUUGUAACCACAGGAAUUUCUAUGGAUUCAUGGACGGAUUUCAUCCAACUGAAGUACUGAAUGAAAUAGCAGCAACAAUUGCAUUCAACACUCCGCUUCCGUUAUUAUUUGUUCAUCCUAUGAGUAUCCGUCAAUUAAUAAAUUGAUAGUAAUAUAGAACUAGAAAAACGUAUUUUAGAAUAUCAUUGGGGGUAGUAACAUUUGUAUUCCCCAUUUUAAUUUACAAGAUUUUAUAUUUAUUUUUUAUGUUUUGACUAUAGGAUUUUAGUUUCAGAGGGUUAUGUUUGGAAAGAAGUCAUGUUAAGAUUGAUUUUUAUUAGUGUGUAAAGAAUGAUCGUUUCAACCGUUAAAUACUAUACUUUGAACGAUAAAAAAUGUAAAUACAGAAA